AUGCACCUCCAAGACGUCAUCUACUUCACAGAGUUAGUAGAGGAUGGUGAAAUAAGAAUAGCCAAAAUCGAGGGAACAAAGCUACCAUGCCCACGUGAGAGCGAACCCGCAGGAGCAUUAGAACGUCGGAAAAGGAGCAUAUGUGUUAGGAUGGCAGGUGACAAUGGGAAGGAAUACUACACCAUCGUCGAGGACAAUGAGGACGCUGAACCACUUGUAGCUAAGAAAGUGAUCCCUGAGCAUAAUGGAGUUAGUGAUGAUUCCAUUAGACUUGGGUUGUUUCCCUUCUCCUUAAGAGAUAAAGCAAGAGAUUGGCUUAAUUCUCUUCCUGAGAGAUUUAAGGAACUGUUUAGGAAGUGUCUUCACCAUGGUCUACCUGUUUGGAUGCAAGUGCAAACUUUUUAUAGUGGCAUUAAUCAAUCUAAUCAUUCAAUGUUAAAUGCAGCAGCAGGUGGUACCCUUAUGAGGAAAACUCCCAAAGAAGCAUAUGAACUUUGGGAGGAGAUGGUGGCCAAUAGUUAUCAAUGGGGCAAUGAGAGAACAAAUAAAAAGGGAGUUAUAAUUUAUAAUGUUGAUUCUAUCACUACUUUAUCAGCUCAACUUUUUGCAUUAAAUAAGAAAUUGGAAAAUUUGGGGGUUUCUGCUAUGAAUGUUUCUUCUGUUCAUUUUCCUUUUUGUGAGCUCUGUGGGCAAGGGGGACACGCUAGUGUAGACUGUCAAGUAGGAAAUCCAUUUUCUUCUUCUUCUGAACAAGCUAAUUUUGUUUCUUAUGGUGGCAACAGGUCUAAUUUCAAUCCCUACUCCAACACUUAUAAUCCAGGAUGGAGAAGCCGUCCAAAUUUUUUUUGGAGUAAUAACCAACAUAGGGCACCUCCUGGCUUUCAACAGCAACACCAACAAAAUCCACAAGAGAAGAAGAUAAAUUUGGAGUAUAUGAUGGCAAAAUUUAUCAACAAUACGGAGGCAAGAAUUCAAGGGUUGGAAAUUCAAAUUGGACAACUUGCUCAAGCAAUUUCAACAAAGCCACAAGGAGGAUUACCUAGUAAUACUGAGAAGAAUCCCAGGGAACAAGUAAAGGCCAUCACUCUGUGA